AUGCAGCGGGUGAGCAUGUACAACUGCUACGGGAACGUCACCUUCCUUAGCGCCAACUUGACCGAGGAACAGGACCCCUAUCCUAGUGAGACCCGCAACAACGGGGUCAUCGCCGACCUGUUCUUCAAGAUCUUCGAGAUGGACGUGUUCAGGAAGAACUACGACUACUUCUUCUUGAUGGAGUCGGACGUGGUGCCCAUUCGGCCGUACUGGCUCGACAACAUGUACGAGCACGCCGAGUUCGCUAUGGAGGACUUCUGGAUCAAGGGCUCCCUCUACCGCGGCCCAAAUACGCCCAAGGAGUACUGUAUGGGCAUCUACUGGGGAUGCGGUGACCACUUCAACGGCAACUCCAUGUACCGGCUUGGCGAUCCCGUCUUCGACAGCUUUCUUCGCUUUGCGAGAGACACGAGGGUGGAUCCGGGCAAGGAGAUCGGGAUCAACCACGACGCACAGAUCGUGCGUGUGCUACGCGAUCCGGCCGUGUGGCGAUUCUACCAGCGCUACGCCCAGAAGUUCGUCUACACCGAGUUUGUGCAGCACCGGCCUCCGCUCAUCAUCGACGACCUGCGGCGCACCUUCAACAACACCUUCAUCGUGCAUCAGGCCACCAACGAGCCGGAGGAGCCCCAAGAGGGCGAGAUGGACGAGAUCUAUCUCGAUCGCGCCAACAUCAUCCUCAAGCCCGCCUAG